CGGGCCUUUGAAAAGAUUUAGUUUUCCAUAUUCUUCAUUCACUGAUGAGCAGAUAAAGAAUUCAAACACCAAAAGCAAGGUGAUUGUCCCUCCUAAAGACGUCUGCUCUACAAUCAUAUUCACCGAAACACUCUAGCUGGUGACACCAUCUUAGUUGCUGAAAAUGCUUUCUUGAGACCAAUGUGCAGAACUUGUUUAAAAAGUGGUUUAGCCGUUUAGGGUUUUGCUGUUAGAACCCCCACCAUUCCUUUCCCUCUAUUUCCUCUCCCUUUCUCUGCAACAAUUAAUCUCAACCAGGUAUUUAAAUAUGGCAAGAGGUCCUAUAAGACACCUCCUAAAUCUGUAUUCCACCAAGAACAAUUUUUCAAGGGUUACAAAUUUUCUUCAUUCCAAUCGUUUCCUCCAUCAUUUACAUCCAUUUGAAUCCAUAUUUUACCCUUCCCCUCACCCUCAAAUUACCAACCCUAUGAAAUUUAAGCCAUCUUACUUCACCCAAUUUUCAGAUUUUUACAUUUUUCCAUACUUCAAUGUACACACAAUUUGCGCACUUUCGGACAAUGUAAAAAAGGAGCCUGCUUCAAACUUAACAGAAAAGGUAGAAAGCGAACCCAAAUUAGAAUGCGGUGGUGAUGGAUUUACAGAGAGUGAACUGGGAAAUGAAGAUACUGGGUCGGAACAUGAAAGAUUGAAUUUUGUCCAGAUAGCAAACCGUGAUCCAGUUGAAAUUUAUAAAGAUAUUAGAGAUGCUGUAAAGUCAGAAAAGCAAAGCCGGGCUGAUUGGGAUACUUUAACUGAGAUUUUUAGGUCAUUUUCCAAGUCCGGUUGGGCAUCGAAUCAGGCCCUAGCUGUUUAUAUUGGUGCCUCAUUUUUUCCCACUGCUGUUCACGAGUUCCGUAAGUUUUUCUUCAAGAAUUGUAAGACUGAUUUAGUCAAGUACUUGGUAUCGCUUGGCCCUGGUGAUGGGGCCGAUAAGUUUUUGUUCCCUGUUUUUGUUGAGUUUUGUAUAGAAGAGUUUCCAGAUGAGAUUAAGAGGUUUAGGAAAAUGGUGGACUCAGCUGACUUGACGAAGCCACACACUUGGUUCCCUUUUGCGAGGGCAAUGAAGAGGAAGAUAAUUUAUCACUGUGGACCAACUAACAGUGGCAAAACAUAUAACGCGUUGCAGAGAUUUAUGGAAGCCAAGAAGGGAGUUUACUGUAGUCCUCUCAGGUUGUUGGCAAUGGAGGUUUUCGAUAAGGUGAACACAUUGGGGGUUUAUUGUAGUCUUCUUACAGGGCAAGAGAAGAAGGAUUUUCCGUUCUCAAACCAUGUUGCUUGUACUGUUGAGAUGGUGUCAACAGAUGAGCUGUAUGAUGUGGCCGUUAUUGAUGAGAUUCAAAUGAUGGCCGACUCUAGUAGAGGUUAUGCUUGGACUAGGGCUUUGCUCGGGCUGAAAGCUGAUGAGAUACAUUUAUGCGGCGAUCCAAGUGUUCUGAAUAUUGUUAGGAAGAUUUGUUCUGAUACUGGGGAUGAAUUAGUAGAACAACAUUACGAGAGGUUUAAGCCUCUAGUGAUUGAGGCAAAGACCCUCUUGGGAGAUCUGAAAAAUGUAAGGUCCGGGGACUGUGUUGUGGCAUUCUCAAGGAGAGAAAUUUUUGAAGUUAAAUUGGCAAUUGAGAAGUAUACUAAUCACCGUUGCUGUGUCAUAUACGGUGCCUUACCACCAGAGACUCGUCGACAGCAAGCAACUUUGUUUAAUGAUCAGGAUAAUGAGUUUGAUGUCUUAGUUGCAAGUGAUGCUGUAGGAAUGGGUUUGAAUUUAAAUAUCAGAAGGGUUGUCUUUUAUAACCUUUCAAAGUAUAAUGGUGAUAAAAUGGUUCCAGUGCCAGCAUCGCAGGUGAAACAGAUUGCCGGAAGAGCUGGGCGUAGAGGAAGUCUCUAUCCUGAUGGACUAACUACUACUUUGCAUCAUGAUGAUUUGGAGUACUUAAUAGAGUGUUUAAAGAAACCUUUUGACGACGUUAAAAAAGUAGGGCUUUUUCCAUUUUUCGAGCAAGUCGAGCUAUUUGGAGCACAACUUCCAAAUAUAACAUUUUCCCAGCUCCUAAUGGAAUUUGGUGAGAAUUGCCGAUUGGAUGGGUCUUACUUUUUGUGCCAGCACCAGCACGUGAAGAAAAUAGCUAAUAUGUUGGAAAAGGUUCAGGGGUUAUCUCUGGAAGAUCGUUUCAAUUUUUGUUUUGCCCCUUGCAACAUUAGGGAUCCAAAAGCAAUGUACCAUCUUCUGAGGUUCGCUUCAUCGUAUGCCCAAAAGCUUCCUGUCAAUAUAGCAAUGGGCAUGCCCAAAUGUUCUGCUCGUAGUGAUUCAGAGCUCUUGGAUCUUGAGACCAGGCACCAAGUAGUGUCUAUGUACUUAUGGUUGUCUAAUCACUUUGAGGAGGAAAGUUUUCCAUAUAUUAAGAAGGCCGAGACAAUGGCUACAGAUAUUGCUCACUUAUUGGGCGAAUCACUCUUAAAGGCUAGCUGGAAGCCAGAAUCAAGGAAUGCACGUAACACAAAGCUGCAACAGGAGGAGGAUGGUUAUCAGAGGCCAAGGUCACUGGUUAAGUUACAGGAAAAGUAAGUUGUACUGCAU